AAACGGCAGUUCGCAAACCUACGGAUGACGUCACGGUGCGUUGCCACUUGAUACAGUGUACGGCGCAGAUCCAACCUGCAGGGUCGAUGCCCUCGAGCUCCUUAUCACCGCUGCCUAACGUCGCUACCUCGCGGAUCCGUUAGAAGAGAAAUGGCUGCAGCUCUGUCCCGUGCCCUCAAACUGCCCGGGAAGAAGGGCUCGGAGCUUGGGGAGUACGACCCUCUCACCCAAGCAGACAGCGAGGACGAGAGUGAAGAGGAUGAUCUCGUGCUCAACUACCCCCGAAAUGGCCUUGGCAGGGACAGCUGCCUUGGCACAGGGUCCUCAAAGCUGCGGGGUGGCAGGACCGGAAGACUUGUGGGGGCCAAAGAUGAGGCACAGGAGGACGAGGAGGAAGAGGAGGACGAAUGGAGAGAGCGACUCCCUAGCAAAUCCAGGCCAGACGGAGACAACAUGAAAGGCAUGCAGUACUGGAGCCACAGGGACUCAGGCAGGGACAGGGCAGGGGAGGACAGAGGGGGGGCUGGUCCACUGGGGGGCGCUGGGCUGGGGGUUCACAGUACUGAUGCGGAAGAAAAGAGGAUGAGGAUGAAGAAUGCUUGCCGAAGUGCGUUUUUCUUGGUGCCUCUGGUCUGUGCCACAUUGCUCGUGCUGCUUUGUGCAUUCCUGAUCCCUUGCCAGAAGGGAGAGCUGGAAAAGAAGCCGCAGUGGGAGAGAGCACUGGGAGAUGCAGGAGGUGUCACUCCACCCGCACUGGCGUUGUGGGAUGUUGAUGGUGAUUCAGUGGAGGAUGUGUUUCUCGGUGUUACUGAAUGGACCAAUUACACCCAUCCCUCACAAAGGAACAAAAUUUACAGUGCGGUGGCGCUGUCUGCAGCCAGCGGUCAGGUGCUGUGGAGGAAAGUUAUGGGGGAGUCUGUGAUGUACAUCCAGUGUGGUCUGCAGUACAGCUCCCAGCCAUCACCUGUGUGUCUCCUCAUCAGCAAAUCCAUCCUCAUGGCAGUCAAUGGCACCACAGGGAAGAACUUGUCAUCAGUCCAGCUCAAGAACAUUGAAUCCCAGGCGGUGUUACUUCCAGACCUCCAGGGUGACUCAGUCCCAGAUCUGCUCAUAGCCACCCUGCCUGCAGAUGAGGCUUUGGAUCUCUCCUUGACGUUGAUCUCUGGGCUGACGGGGGCACAGUUUGGACAUCCCGUGCCUUUCAACCUCACUGGACAAGGAAAGCUGAUCGGUCCUUUGCUGCACGAGACACCAAAAGGGGCAUAUUACAUCCUAUUUGGACUAGGUAAUGUAGAAGCCAUCUCUCUGCGUGAUAUUUACAUUCGCGCCACUGGCAAAAUGCCCAUAACUCAGGCACUUAAAAUUAAGGAUCCAGGGUGGGAGGAACUCAAGAAAACCAAUUCGUCCUCCUUCAUACACAUUUACAGAGGAUCCGAGCGCGUGGAGUUCUUGCUCCCUCUUGUGGCUGGUUUUGGCAACAACCACAACAGCCUGGACACUGUUUCUAACCUGAACUCCACCAGAAGUGACUGGGUGCUAGUGUAUGGCUCCAGCAAACUGUCAGUGCUGAAACAGAGGGACAUACGUAAAAAAUGGACCUUCAGCUCAGCUCCCAUUCACAGCCAACCAGCCCUUGGACACUUCAAUGAUGAUGGAAUCCUAGAUCUUUUCUUUCAGCAUUCAGCAAACGGUAUCAUGGAGGCACAAAUCAUUGAUGGGGCAAAUGGACACCUUCUCUGGUCAGCAGAGUUUCUGUGUCCUGGUCUUGUUUUGGAAACUUCUGCAAUUUCCACCUCGACUGGCCAAUCAGCUUUCCUUUUUUGGGCCAGUGAACCAAUCAAUGCACAGAGGAAUGUUACCAAGACAACUGUGGCACCAGGUAUUGCUGCAGUGGAGCCACUCAUCAGAAAACUCUUCCUGCUGCACCCUGCAUAUCCCACAAUCCUGCUGGAGCUCACUAGUACUACAGAAACCGCUGUCACCUCUGCAGUGAGUUAUCAGGAGCAUCAGAAAGAUGCUUCCUACAUCACCGUAUCCUCCCGGCCCACACCUGACUCAGGGCCCAGUGCUCGGAUAGUCAAGAGCAUGAGCCUCAGAGCUGCUAUCACCAAAGGACAAACUGUGAGACUGGGGGAAAGCAACAAGACCGGGGCACCCGUUAAACCUGGUGUGUUUGAGGUCAACAAGUUCUUCAGGCGUCUGUCCUUCAAACGUCAGUGAUGAGCCGCAACUGCUACCAUGCCGUGUCACACGAAGCAGUUCAACUACAAGGAGCUCAAUUGCGGGUGAAAGGGAUAUAAGCUGUGGAUAGCUCUGCACUAAGGAUCCAUUUGAGGCUGUUUACAUGUUGUUAGGUUUACUAAGUAUGAAUUUAAUUUCUGUUACUUGAGAAAGAAAUUUCUUUACUGUAAAAAGAUCAUUUGUAGGCAGGAUUUUUGUUUGUAUUAUUUUGGUUUAUUUUAUGUUUGUACAAUGAAAAAGCUUAUUUUAAUUAUUUAACUUGCAUAUAGGGAAGUGUGUAAAAUUUAAUUGAAUGUUUAUGGUUGUGUGGACUUGAAGGCAGAAAAAUAACGUUAUACAGUAGUUUAUGACCCACAGUAAAGAUGAAAGAACAUUUAAAUGAGCUUACUGUAUGCACCACUUAUAUAACUCUUCCAAGGCCAGUAUAUUCAUGUGGUGUCAUCCCCCAGUCACAUGCAUUUUGUCACAAAACCAUUAAUAUUGCUCUUUCUGCUCAUUACCAAGUCAAGUAGUUUAGGGAGUUUGUAAUUAUUUAAUGCUGUACAGUAUUUAUUGAUUUGCUUUAACGUUUUGGUUUUUUCUUGUUUGAUUUAUCUUGUCAGAUUUUGUAUGGUUAUAAAAUCAACCACUGUUUAUUUUCUGUGAAUAUGUUGCUGCCGAGGGUUAUGGCAUUUAAAUGUAAAAGCUGCAACUUCACAUAUUGCAAGAGCAAGUAUG